AUCGACUCAUUCAGUUGGUUUCUGGCAGACUGGCUGCUAGGUCUAGAACACUAGUGAAGAAGCAAGCUUGAAGGGAAUACUGAAGAUACGCAGACUUUGAGAAGGCUUUGAAUGAUGGAUAGCCUCAGUACAGCUGUUUCCACUUUUGCUCUCGACCUCUUAAGAGAGCUGCGUGAGAAAAACAACACAAAGAAUCUGUUCUUUUCUCCUUUUAGUAUUUCUUCUGCUUUGUCUAUGAUUUUGUUGGGUUCGAAAGGUAACACUGAAUCCCAGAUAGCAAAGGUGCUUUCUUUGAGCAAAGCUGAGGAUGCUCACAAUGGGUACCAAUCGCUUCUCUCUGAAAUUAACAACCCUGAGACCAAAUACAUCCUCAGAACUGCUAAUCGACUUUAUGGAGAAAAGACAUUUGAGUUUCUCUCAUCAUUUAUAGAAUCGAGUCAGAAAUUCUACCAUGCUGGGCUAGAACAGGCUGACUUCAAAAAUGCUGCAGAGGAUUCCAGAAGGCAAAUAAAUGGCUGGGUGGAAAAGAAGACUGAAGGUAAAAUUCAAAAACUGUUGUCAGAGGGAAUUAUUAAUUCAAUGACCAGACUUGUGUUGGUGAAUGCCAUCUAUUUCAAAGGCAACUGGGAACAGAAGUUUGACAAAGAGUGCACAACUGAAAUGCCAUUUAAAAUUAACAAGAAUGAGACCAAACCUGUGCAGAUGAUGUUCAGAAAAGGUAAAUAUAACAUGACCUAUAUUGGAGAUUUGGAGACCCAAGUCCUUGAGAUCCCUUACGUUGGUAAUGAACUCAGUAUGAUCGUUCUACUCCCUGAUGCAAUUAAGGAUGAAUCUACUGGCUUGGAAAAGCUGGAAAGAGAACUUACAUAUGAGAAGCUGAUGGAGUGGAUUAAUCCUGAAAUGAUGGACAGUACAGAAGUGAGGCUGUCUUUACCCAGGUUUAAACUAGAAGAAAACUAUGAUCUGAAACCCAUCCUGAGCAACAUGGGAAUGCGUGAUGCAUUUAACUUACAGGCAGCGAACUUCUCAGGAAUCUCCUCUGGUAACGAGCUUGCGCUCUCUGAAGUGGUUCACAAGUCCUUUGUGGAGGUCAAUGAAGAAGGCACUGAAGCAGCAGCUGCCACAGCAGGGGUGAUGUUGCUCCGCUGCGCUAUGAUCGUUCCCAACUUCACUGCCGAUCAUCCCUUCCUCUUCUUCAUCCGGCACAACAAAACUUCCAAUAUUUUGUUCUGUGGCAGAUUUUGCUCUCCCUAAAGAGACAGAAGAACUGCCAUUAACACAGUGAUGUGAUUUCCUUUAGGGUAGAACUGCUCUUUUGCACUUAUUACUUCUUUCCACUGUGCCUGAAUCCCCUGAUCUGGUUGUCGUUUUGGGCUUGCGUAGAGUAACAAAGCUGCUUACACAUACACAGCAGCUUAGAACACUUAAUAUUUUAAUACUUAAAACAGCUGCCUUACACUUCGCACCUGAGUUGUUUUCUUCCUGGCACAAGAAACAUGAACAUCCCACUAGCUCAGUGAACUUCCACCUGUCAUGUAUCUUGCUUGCUUUUUGUGGCCACCAGAUAGCAAGGCAACAUAAAAAAAAGAAGCUGAUUUUGUUUCUGACUAUAGCGGAAGAUAUCUUAGGCUCUGCUCCCCAUUUUUCUUCCUAUCCCCACUUAUUUUUAACUUUCACUUUCUUUAGUGUUUUGAUAAUGGAGGGAGGCUUUGGCAAGCUGUUUCUAAGAGUUACUAAGCACCUGCACUAGACAGAGGUUUUAUUGUAACUGGAUAGCUCUUAUGCAAGAAUAGGAAUAAAAGUUCUGUUUGUAACAAGUGAUCUUACAGGUUUUCAUGGAAUAUUCUUAUCUUAACACCACAUGUGCCACCUGGGAAUAUUAGCUAUCACCUGGUUCAUUAGUCUUUAAAAAAAAAAGUUUAAAAAAAAACAACAAAUGCCUAUGAAGUAUUUAAGUGACAGAGCUUUAUUUUUUUUUCCAAUCUUUGUAUGUUUUUACCUAUUCUGUGUUUGUUAAGCAUCUUCAUUAAACUGGAUGCCAAAGGUUUCUUAACACAGUGCUUUAUUUGUUUUGCUGUUCUUGAAAGAAUAAACAAACUUGUUGUGA